AUGAUGAGCUCGCAAGAGGAGGAUACUCUUCGGUUUUUCCAGUAUGUUGAAGACGGUGGACUAAGGGCCUACAACCGAUUGAUCACUCCUAAUCAAGACUUUGUUAGGAAUGACAAAUACAGGACUUUUAGUCAAGAGAAAAACGACAAGAAAAGAAAGCAGGAAGAAGCCAUUAAGAGGUGAGAUCUUGCUGGAGAGGACGUUGUCACGGAGGGGAAGCACCUGCGCAUCGGCUCGAUGACGAUGCCGGCCCCUCCCGAGCGCAUGGCCAUGCACCCGUCAUGCGGCCCGGGCUUCGCCGUGCGCUCCCAGUCUCUGCACUCGGUGGGGGGUGGAGGAGGGGAAGAGGACGGAAGUCCCACCUCUCGCAAGCAGCCCCCGCCCAAACCCAGACGGGACCCCAACACCAAGCUCAGCAUCUCCUCCGAGAUGGUGGAUAUGGCCUCAUCAGGCUGCAGGGGUGGAGACCUGGACAGGUGUGAUGCUUCUCAGGGCUGCAGUGAUGACUGCAGAAGGGUGCCCCCGCCCAAGCCAAAGAGGAACCCCAACACGCAGCUGAGCACCUCUUUCGACGAGUCCUACAUCCGCACUCACAGCUCCAAGUGUUCGCCCCCGCCGGCCUCCCAGGAGGAGUCUCUGGCACCGUCGCCCCCGGAGCCUCAGAGCCCUCCCGGACCCGGACGACGGGACUCGGACUCGGACGAGCCGGUGUACAUCGAGAUGUCGGGGAGCGCAGCGGCAGUGGCUGCGCAGCGCAGUGAGGAUGACGAGCCCGGAGAGUCCGUCUACGAGGAGAUGAAGUACCCGGUGCUGGAGGACCUGGACUCGGGCCGCUGGGAGCCCUCCGGGUACCGCUCGCAGUGUGUCACCCCGUGCCCCUCAGAAUACCGCUCGCAGUGUACCACUCCCAGCCGUUGCUCGACGCCACGCGGCACGCCGCUCUGCGACAUCCCCGCCCCAUUCCCCAACCUGCUCACGCACAGACCUCCCUUGCUAGUGUUCCCGCCGGCCCCCGCCCAGUGUUCGCCCAACUCGGACGAAUCCCCACUCACACCCUUAGACAUGACCAAGCUGCCCAUAAUGGAGAACGGCUCCUACAGCAAGUCCCCCACAUCUGGCCAUGAGCCCCCGAGCUCCUCUUCCGCAUCCUCCUCGUCCUCGCACCACCACCGCCGGGCAGAGCGCGAGCUCACCGCCACCCCCACCAUCACCGUCUCCGGGCGCUCGUCGGCUCCUCCGCUGCCGUGCACCCUCUACAAGUCCUCGGCGUCUGGCCACGGGUACCAGCGGAGCCACUCUGCUUGCCCGUCCCCGGUCAGCAUGGGCCGGUGCCUCACCCCGCUCAGCCUCAUGAGGGCGCCGCCCUUCGACGGGCCGUUCCCCGGUGCCGGCCUGCCGCGUAGCGCCUCGGCCACCCCGCACGGCAAGGGCUCGCCCCCUCAGGAGGGGGGCAGCCGGCUCCACAGCUCCAUGCAGAAUGUCUCCAUUGGACGCUCGCGCACCCCUACCAGCCCCCUGGACGAACUCACCAACCUGUUCACCACCGGCAGGAACAUGCUGAAGAAGAACACCAGUGGCAGGAAGUCCAAAGAGCCAGGAGAGAGCGAGUCCAAGGGAAGUCGUCACAGUUCCGAGUCCAAAAAGGAAGGAAAAGAGCGCCACCAGAAGGAGUCAAAGCGAGAGAGCAAAGAGCGCCACUCCAGCUCCAAGGAGUCGAGGAGAGAUAGCAAAGACAAGAGUUGCAAUGGCACUGAGCCAGUGGCGCGCCGAGACAGCAAAGACCGAGGUGCCAACAUCCCAGAGCCUCUACACAGACAGGACAGCAAAGACAGGACCGGCAACGGCCACAAUGGGGACCUUUACCAGCGCCAUGACAGUAAAGACCAUGGAAGCAACAUGAAUGAGAUACUGUCAAGGCGUGGCAGCAAAGAUAGGGGAUGCAAUGGAAUGGACUGCAUGCCAAGACAGGACAGUAAAGAGAUGCUCAGGAAUGGCACUGAUUCAAGGCGAGACGGCAAAGACCAAAGGGGCACCAAUGUCUCUGAUGCCAUGCUGAGGCAUGAGAGCAAAGAGUCGCUCAGAAACGGACUUGAGGUGAGGCGAAAUAGCAAAGAGGGGAGCAGGAGGGACUCGGACAGCAGAAGAGAGAGGGAAUCUAAAGACAGGAACAACUACAACAACGUGGAGAUGAAACGGGAAAGCAAAGACCGCGGUUGCAGCUCUGUCGAACUGUUGUCCAGGCGCGGUGAUUUCAAGGACAGGGUUGGACUUGCCCCAGAGCCAAUUUCCAGGCAUGAGGGCAAAGACAGAGGCAACAACUAUAGCAGCACAGAGCCGCCGCCCACUAAAACUAGCGACUGGGAAGGACUGUCAGGCCCUCCAGCCAUGACCCCUACCCGGAUUGGUCGAUCGUGUGUCAGCCCUCCUCAGACCUUGGGCAACGGCAAUUCAGAUAUGAAAGUUGUACAAAAAGUUGGCCGAUCGCCCUCCACUCCUGUUGCCCCAUCUCCGUUGGGAACACCCCAGAGACAACAGCCUCCAGAACUGCCACCGAGUCAGAUGCCGCCCAUGCCCUUUGCUUAUGGUGACAGCAAAAUGAUGGAGAUGAUUGAGCGCAAGCAGCGACUCUGUAGGGAGAUCCGCUCUCGGCAGCAUCAGCAGCAUCAGCAUCAGCAACAGCAGCACCAUCAGCCCCCGCCACCUCUCAGGAGCCCAUGCAAACAGGAGAGCUUGCCUGCCCUCCCCAGUUGGAAAAAGAGUAACGGGGCGAAAAAGUACGGCCCCCCUCCAUACCCAAGCCAGACCACAGUGUUUUGGGACACUGCCAUCUGA